AUGCCCUCAGCCCCACUCAGGGUGGCUAUGGUAUGUGUGAGCAACAUCAACAGGAGCAUGGAAGCCCACAGGACGCUCAGGAAAAAAGGGCUCAGUGUCCAGUCCUUUGGGAUUGCCUCUCGUGUGAGGCUCCCAGGACCAGGGCCCAAUCUUGCCCUGAUUUAUGAUUUUGCAACCACAUAUAAAGAAAUGUACAACGACCUUCUAAGGAAGGACAGAGAAUACUACACAUGCAACGGACUCUUACACAUCUUGGGAAGAAAUGAGAAGAUCAAGCCCCGUCCUGAGAGAUUUCAGGAGUCCAGCGAUUCCUUUGAUGUCAUCUUCACCUGUGAGGAGAGGGUCUAUGACAGAGUAGUGACAGAGCUGUGUUCCAGAGAACAGGACACCUUCCAGCCUGUGCAUGUGAUCAACGUGGACAUCCAGGACAACCCAGAAAGUGCCACCUUGGGAGCUUUCCUCAUCUGUCAGCUGUGCCAGGGCCUUCAGCACAUGGACGACAUGGAGGACAACAUGGAUGAGCUGCUCCUGCAAGUGGAGGAGAAAUCGGGACAGCAUUUCCUUCACACCGUCUGCUUCUACUGA